GUGGGAGAAACCUGGGCACAGUCCAUCAUUUGGGUAUGACUUCUGGUACCAACCACAGCAUGACACUAUGAUUAGCUCAUCAUGGGGUGCUCCAGCUGCUUUCACCAAAGGUUUUAACUUACAACAUGUCUCUGAUGGCCUUUAUGGGAGACAUUUAUAUGUAUACAGCUGGCCUGGGGGUGAACUGAGACAAACACUAGAACUUGGAGAGUCAGGGCUUCUACCUUUAGAGGUAAGGUUUCUGCAUGAUCCUUCUAAAGAUACAGGUUUUGUUGGGUGUGCAUUGUCAAGCAACAUGGUACGAUUUUUCAAGACUGAGGAUGGGUCAUGGAGCCAUGAGGUUGCAAUAUCAGUGAAACCAUUGAAAGUGCAAAACUGGAUUCUUCCAGAAAUGCCUGGGCUUGUAACUGAUUUUCUGAUAUCUCUUGAUGAUCGGUUUCUGUACUUUGUGAAUUGGCUCCAUGGUGAUAUAAGACAAUAUAACAUUGAGGACCCUAAAAAUCCUGUACUGACUGGCCAAGUAUGGGUUGGGGGACUACUUCAGAACGGAAGCCCUAUAGUAGCUAUAACAGAAGAUGGUAAUACUUGGCAAUCUGAUGUUCCAGACAUCCAG